AUGAUUGAGGUUGUGUGUAAUGAUCGACUGCAAAAGGUCCGAGUCAAAUGCAAUGCUGAUGACACUAUCGGGGAUCUGAAGAAACUGAUCGCUGCUCAGACGGGAACCAGGUGGGACAAAAUCGUCCUGAAGAAAUGGUACACCAUUUUUAAGGAUCAUGUGUCACUGGCAGAUUAUGAGAUCCACGAUGGGAUGAACCUGGAGCUGUAUUACCAGUAGAGGCUGGAGUUUUGACCCAACACACACACACACACACACACACACACACACACACACAGAGUACAGCCAGGACAUCUUACACACGUGUACUUCUCGACUUAACACACAUUACAUACAUGAAUAUGACUAAUAUGUGUGAGAGCAUGCCUUAGAGCAGAAAACAUUAGUUAUUAAUUUCAUCUGAAUUGUUCUGUUUUUUUUUGGUAUUUGGAAAUAAAAACAAUAUUUAUAUUAAAAA